AUGUCGGAAAAAUUCUCACCGACGUUGAGAAUUGGAGAUCUGAGUGACUUUAUAGCUCCUUCUCAAGCUUGUGUUGUUUCUUUGAAAGGGCUGAAGACGACAACAUCUAACGCUAAGAAACGCGACAAACCUGAGGUUGCUAUUGGUUAUAAAGAGCAAGCUGACCCUGUUAAAAUUUCGCUUAAGGAUUGUUUGGCUUGCAGUGGAUGCAUAACAUCAGCAGAGACAAUUAUGCUUGAGAAGCAAAGUUUGGAUGAGUUCUUAUCCAAUAUUGAUAAAGGAAAAGCUAUCAUUGUCUCACUGUCUCCACAGUCUAGAGCUUCGCUCGCUGUCUAUUUUGGCACCUCUCCCCUUCAGGUUUUUAAGAAACUCACAACUUUUUUUAAGUCUUUGGGAGCGAAGGCUGUAUUUGACACAAGUUCCAGCAGGGACUUAACACUUAUAGAGACUUGUAAUGAGUUUGUUACCCGAUACAAACAGAGCCAGUUUAAUGAUGACGAAAAAUAUAAUCCAUCCUUACCCAUGCUUUCUUCAGCUUGUCCAGGUUGGAUAUGCUAUGCUGAAAAGCAACUAGGAUCUUACAUUCUGCCUUAUAUAUCUUCUGUGAAAAGCCCACAACAAACAAUUGGAGCUACCAUCAAGCAUCACAUUUCCCAAAAAAUGGGCCUCAGGCCGGACGAGGUUUACCAUGUGACCGUGAUGCCAUGUUAUGAUAAGAAGCUUGAGGCUGCAAGGGAUGACUUUGUUUUUGAAGUGGAACAAGAAGAUGCAAAUAAAAAUAGUCUUAGCAUUACAGAGGUUGAUUCGGUUUUGACAACUGGAGAAAUCUUAGAUUUGAUAAAGUUAAAAGCUGUGGAUUUUGAAACCUUAGAUGAUUCUCCUCUAGAUAACAUGCUGUCAAAUGUUAGUGAAGAAGGCUAUCUGUAUGGAGUGCCUGGAAGUUCUGGUGGUUAUGCUGAAACUGUGUUUCGGAAUGCUGCUAAAAUGCUAUUUGGAAGAGAAAUUAAAGGCCCUUUGGCCUUCAAAAGUCUGAGAAAUAUGGAUUUCCGUGAAGUGACUUUGGAAGUGGAUGGAAAAGUUGUACUGAAAUUUGCUCUGUGUUAUGGCUUUCAAAACCUACAAAAUGUUGUAAGAAAAGUCAAGAUGGGAAAAUGUGAUUAUCAUUUUGUGGAGGUCAUGGCAUGCCCAUCAGGUUGCCUGAAUGGCGGUGGUCAAAUCAAGCCAAAGCCUCUACAAUCUCCAAAGGAGCUGCUUCAGUCAUUAGAAACUAUUUAUAUGGAAAAUAUUCUGGUGAAAGAUCCUUUUGAGAAUCCUCUUGUUAAAUCCUUAUACGAUGAGUGGCUUGAACAACCCGGUUCUGAGAAAGCUAAAAAACACAUGCAUACAGAAUAUCACCCUGUGGUGAAAACGCUAGGCGCAAUUCUCAUGAGGUUAUCAUCCUUGGGUUCGGCUCUCCAAGGUAUUGGCGUGAUCUUGUUUACAACACGCAUCAUCGUCGCAGAAGAUUUUGUUGUGGGAUUUCCUUCUGCAACACAGUCCAAUUUUGAUAGAACAACUUCAAAGCGCCUUUCGGAGAGGAAAGUGGCAAAGUUUCAGAAGAACAUCAUGAAGAGAGGAUCUGUCCCUGAAACCACGACGAAGAAAGGAUAUGACUACCCAGUUGGGCCAAUACUACUUGGAUUCUUUGUCUUUGUGGUAAUUGGGUCGUCUCUUUUUCAGAUAAUUAGGACAGCUACUAGCGGUGGGAUGGCCUAA